AUGCCUCCACAACUUCAUCAAUCUUCCAUUCCUAUUCUCAAUCCUCCUCUACUUAGAUUCUCACCUCCUUCCUCUCCAGAUAAUCCCAAACACCAGAGGGAAUCAAAUAUCACCAUGCCAAAAUUCACUGUGCGUAAACUCAUACCUCUUCUUAUCUUCGUUCUUUCAAGCCUCUCUGUGCUUCGACUCAUCCGGAUUUCAUUCAAGUCUUCAUCCUCUGCAUCUCGGUCUUUCUCUUCAACCACAUUCCGGUUGAGUCCGGCUGAGUCCAGUCAGCAGAUCAGUGCCAAGACCGCUCUCACGGAAAAGGAACUCAAGCUCUUAUCAGAUACCAUUACUCGUAGAUCCCCUUGCAACGUUCUUGUUUUUGGAUUUGCAGCUCAAUACCUCAUGUUAUCUUCAAUCAACACCAGAGGCAUCACCGUCAUUCUUGACGAAGAACCUGCAAAGAUAAUGACACCAAAAGCUGAAGUAAAUCCCAACAACACAAGAAUCCACAGCUUGAAAUACCAUCAGAUGGAAGUCAAAAAUGCUUACAAUCUGCUUCGACUUGCUAGAGCUAAUCCCGCAUGCGCACCAAAUAUGAAUAAUCUACAUCAAGGCUCAUCAGACUGCAAACUGGAACUGCAGGACUUGCCACAGGAGGUACACAAUAUCAAAUGGGAUGUGAUAGUUGUUGACGGGCCACAUGGGAAUGACUUGGAGGCACCAGGUAGGAUGGGGAGUAUAUACACUGCAGCCGUGUUAGCUAGAAAAGGAAGUAGUAACUCGACUACGGAUGUGUUCGUGCAUGAUGUGCACAGGACUGCUGAGAAGUGGCUCUCCUGGGAAUUCUUGUGCCAGGAGAAUCAGGUUUCAGCUAAAGGAAACUUCUGGAAGUUUAGGAUCAAAGGUCAAUCAAACGCAACCAGGUUUUGCUCACCAGAAAAAAGCCUUGUCAGAUAUUAG